AUGCUGCAUACUAUGCUUCAUAUGUCAAAAGCUCUCGCGCUUUUGCCAGCUGAAAAGAUUGCUGAAGGGUUUGAAGUGGUGGUCCAGGAGGCUAGACAUUCUCAGAAUGUUGAGGUUGCUGAACGAUACAUAUCAUAUUUUAGAAAUCAGUGGAUGGAACAAACAUUGAUCAAAAUUGAAAAAGAAUAUGGGACAAAAUAUGAGAGAAUACAACAAAGGCCAACUCUAAGAGCCAGACGUCGAGCUUAUGUUCAACUUGACAGGAAAAUCAGUGCUGCAUGUGAACGGUUGGCCCAGAGAAGAAUUUCUGUCAAAGAAUUUUUGUUAUACACUGGGCAUCUGGCUUAUGAUGCAGAACGAAGACGUGGGGUUCGCAAUGUCGAGGUUCACAAUGGAAUCGUACCUCCCCACAUCUUGGAAACUAUUGAAGAACAAAUUGUAACGGAAAAUGUACAAAACAAUGUUGUUGGAGGGCUUGGUGUUCAAAUGCAAGACCGGUUCGAGCAGCAACAACAAAAUGCCGAACAGUUUCCUGUUCAAGAUGUGGCUGAUUUUGAGAUCGACGAAAACAGGGAUCCAGUGUUCCAUGCCAUUCGUGAAAUGGAAGCACAGAGAAUGGCAAGGGAACUGGAGAAUGUCCCUUAUGUCCCAAUCAACAAUUCUUUUGCAUUACCAAGGCAAAUAAAUUGCUGUGAUAUUUGCCUUAGUAAUCAAAAAACACAUGCGUGCUUGCCUUGUGGACACAAGUGUCUGUGUUCAGACUGUGCAUAUCAAAUUACCAAUCGAUGUCCAAUCUGCAACAAUUUGAUCACAAAUGUAAUUCGUAUUUUUGAUUAA